UCUUCCCCCCCUCACCUCAGCCCAUGAGAGCACCUUGCAAGCUGCAACCAUGAGAGCUCAAAUCGAAGUGAUACCAUGCAAAAUCUGUGGAGAUAAAUCUUCAGGGAUUCACUAUGGCGUCAUCACUUGUGAAGGAUGUAAAGGUUUCUUCCGAAGGAGCCAACAGAAUAACGCCGCGUAUUCCUGCCCGCGCACGAGGAAUUGCCUCAUCGACCGAACGAACCGUAACAGGUGCCAGCACUGCCGCCUGCAGAAGUGUCUCACACUGGGGAUGUCACGUGAUGCUGUGAAGUUUGGCCGGAUGUCCAAAAAGCAGCGGGACAGUCUGUACGCGGAGGUGCAGAAGCAUCAGCAACACCAGGAGCAGAUGGCAAUGAAGGAGGAUGCGGAUGGUCUGGUGCGGGGCUAUCCUGACAGCGGCCUGGGAGACCUGGACGACAUCAGCAGCACCUUCUCGGACGGUCUGCUCCUUGACUUUCCCCUCACUCCCGAUGGCGGAAACAGCUUUUAUAACUUUGACACCUCGGCCUCAGCUGAAAGAUCACCAGACCAGUCGGCCAUGGACGUCAAUGACAUUAAAUACAUCAAGCAGGAGCCCAUCUAUGAAAUCAUGCUGGAGCCCAGCUUGUUCCCCUAUCCCUCUCCAGAGAACAGUCAGCUCGCCAUUGAGGUUUCCAUGGCGGAGAUAGAUCGAAUAUCACAGAACGUGGUGGAGUCCCAUCUCGAGACUUGCCAGUACACCGUGGAGGAGCUGAAGCAGCUGGCCUGGCAAUUGUACACACAGGAGGAGAUAAGAAACUUUCAAAAUAAGUCGUGUGAGGCCAUGUGGCAGCAGUGUGCGAUCCAAGUCACCGAUGCAAUUCAGUACGUGGUGGAGUUUGCCAAGAGGAUCAGCGGUUUCAUGGACCUGUGUCAGAACGAUCAGAUCAUCCUCCUUAAAGCAGGUUGCCUUGAGGUGUUGUUGGUGCGAAUGUGCCGGGCAUACAACCCAAUGAACAACACGUUGUUUUUCGAAGGGAAGUACGGCAGCACACAGAUCUUCAAGUCCUUGGGUUGUGACGAUUUUAUCAGCGUUGUAUUUGAAUUUGCCAAAGGUUUGUGCUGCCUGCAUUUAACGGAGGAAGAGAUUGCGUUGUUCACAGCUGGCAUCUUGUUGUCACCAGAUCGACCAUGGCUCACAGAAGCCAGAAAAGUUAAGAAGCUACAGGACAAGAUUUAUGAGGCGUUGCAACACGUCAUUCAAAAGAAUCAACGGGACGAUGACAAGUUAUCAAAGCUGAUAUCCAAGUCAUCGCUGCUGAAGUCGGUUUGCAACCUUCACGUGGACAAGCUGCAGCUGUUCAAGUUGCUGCACCCACAAACGGUGCACAACUUCCCGCCACUCUACAAGGAGGUGUUCAGCACGGAAAUGCAGUAUCCUGACUCCACCAACAGCUAAACGCGGCGUUCCCAAAGUGGGAAAUGGACGGGCUGUAAACUCCUCCAUCCCCCAGUGGCAAUAGCUCGAGAAUGAAUGUACUGCACUCCAUCUUGUUUCACCGUCACAGUCGAACGAAUGUAAAUAACCAGACACUGAGUAGUGGAAAUACUGACUUUUGUGCAUGGCAAUUAAAAUCAACUCCAUUGUGAUCAUGGACCCGAAUGCAACAUUACAAGACUCUCCCUCCAAGGUUCUUUAUAUAAAAUCUGUUUUGUUUUUUUCCAUCAGUUUAAAAGAAAGAGCAGCAAAUUAAAGGAAUAUAGAUAGUAUUUUAUCUGUAAUGCAAACCUAUAUAUGUUAUUAAGUUGGUUUCUUUUUACACAAAGGCUCGGUGACUUCAGACUUGUUCUUGUUGAGGUUGGAUUUUUCUUUCUCCCGAACAUUUCUUCAGAAUGACGGCAUCGAGAAGAUUUGAGAAAGUGUGGGUCAAAGUCCCUUGCAAUUGGCAUCCAACACUGCUGCAGAUAGCAAUUUUUUUUUUUAAACUCUGAAAUCCUAUACAUGUAAAUGUCUAUAUGUUGAUAUUACUGCUUUAUAUCUUUAGGCUAUGGUCGAUAAGAUGCCUGCAUGUAAUAAUAGCUCAAACCUAUGGUACCUAUUCAAACUCUGACUGUGCUGGUGGACAAUAGUCACAGCUUAGCUACGCAUUUACAUUUAUCCCUAGGACAAAAAUCUGGUGUUUUCCCACAAAGUGGCCUGAAGGUGCGGCUCGCACAGAAAAUGCACAUUAGACAUUUUUUUGUUUAACGGUUCACAGUUUUGAUCUUUAACUAACAGCAGGCCAGCAUUUUUUAACCAGCCUGUGCAGAUCUGAAGAACCCAAUUUACAAGAUUGGACCUGGGCAGAUGCAACCAAUGACAAUAAAAAGGUUUCUCUGUCCCUUCUGCAAAAUGGCCGCAGUUAGCAGAAAAAUAACAUCAGUGAGCCUGCACUGUAUAAGAAUGAGGUGCUAUUUGCCCACAGACUUCUCGCUCUGAGAUCCAAUUUGUUGAACGAACUACUGGUCAAAAAAUAAGUCAUGUUAAAUGGUUUAUCCAAAGUCCACAGCCACCUUUUAAAACUAGUAACGCAUUUUGUACCCCUUUGGAAGUUCUUAUCAGCUGUUCCCAUCAAAAGUUAAAUUGGAUUAGUUGGUUGUCAGUAAGGAGGAUGCAAUGAAAUUCCUUAUUGAAAAGGAGUAAAUAAUGCAGAUACAGAAGUGAUGAGAUGUGGCGAGUGUAAAGGUUGUGUGGUGCGAGACUGUUGUGCAAAGUGCAGUUAGUGCAACAGGAUAUGAGAGCAGGAUAAUGGAAUGUGAAUGAGGUGGAGGUAAGGGGAAGGGGGUGUAUGAAAGAGGGAUUGGUUCAGGAUGGACACACAAUGCUGGAGCAACUCAGCGGGUCAGGCAGCAUCUCCAGAGAAGAGGUGAUGUUUCAGGUUGAGACCCUUCCGGAGGAGUCAGAUAGCAGAGGGGUAGAAGCCGUAGUUAAGUCUGGUUGUCCGAGCUUCCCAGCUGUUGUAUCUUCAUCACAGAGGGCAGAAUAGGGGGAAACAGGCCAGGAGUAUCCAAAUCCUAAAAUAGUUUCUGAAUAUUAUUUACUCAUCGGUAUCUUUUACUGAAAUGAUCUUCACUGCUUAAUAUGUUUCUGACCAGCAGCAGUAACCAACACGUUCUAAAUCAUUACACUUCUACUGCUGUUAUGCGCUCCAUUCCAUGUACCAGGGAGGAGAAACUGUUCGACGUCCUUGCCUUGUGUCAAAGAGCAAGCUUUUAUAAGUAUAUAUAUAUAAUUUUGCGUAGCGAGUAAUCUCAUUUCUCCAUUACUGGUGUCCUAUAAGGGAAUAUAGUCAUAGAAUAAUAUAUAACAUACAAAAUAAAUUAUUUAUUAACUUAAUCGUGGUUUGGAACUUUACACACAGUGGGUCUUUUCAUUUAAAAUACCAUUUGAAACUGGGGAAGAAUAAUAAUUUGUUUCUAAUUCAAACGGGGAGGAAGCUGCAAUCAUGUGAUACAAGUCCAGGUUGAGCACAGUUGAGGAAGUCCCUAGGAAGUUACUUGUGCACUGGAAGUUAGUUGUAGCAGGAGUUAUAAAUCCCCCAAAAAACAGAUUGCUGCACUGAGACAUAAAGAGGAAGCACUCCGUACUUCACCUGAGGGACAUUCCUGACCUGAUGACUAUGGUCUCUCAGUGGCUCUGUAAAUGGACACAGUUCAUUUACCUUUAGAAUGGUGCCGAGGAGCAAUUUCUUAGUUGGCGUGUGGUGUGCCACUGAAAGCUGCGGAGGUCAAAUCAAUGGAUAUUUUUAAGGUGGAGAUUGGUAAAUUCUGGGUUGGUGCAGGUGUCAGGGGUUAUGGGGAGAAGGCAGGAGAAUGGGGUUGAGGGAAAGAUUGAUCAGCCAUGAUUAAAUGGCAGAGUAGACUUGAUGGGCCAAAUGGCCUAACUCUGCUGCUAGACAUUAUUAACUGUGUUAGACUAGGUCCAGGCAGUCUAGAUUUGACGUGAUUGUUUAAAAUCAAUCCUCUGGACUUGAGGGUGAAUAAUCGCAACUUGACUGCUGUCUACUGAAUGCCUUGGAUAGAUACAAAAUACUGGAGUAACUGGGUCCGGCAGCAUCCCCGGAGAUGAUGAAUAGGUGACGUUUCGGGUCGGGACCCUUCUUCACACUGAUUGCAAGAAUGGGAGGAAAGAAAGCUCUAAGUGUCCUGAAUGCCUUGGUGUGAGUGGACCCUUGCAGAGUCCACUGGGCGCAGGCUCAGACACAUAGAAGGCUCUUUUUAAGCAAAGUAGCGGAGAGCCUUCGGAGCAGCGGAGUCUUUUGUCUGACAACAGAGCGGGGUGGAGGAGAAGAAGAGUAAAGGACAAAAGUGGGAAAAGUUGAGACACGACGGAACGGUGGAAGUGAAUAGCACAUGGUCUAAUCGGCAUUUCUGACCCCCUUGUCUUCUCCAGUGCAAGAACUAAUUGGAACAUAUUGGCAGAGUACAGGCAUGGAAACCCAGAGGGUGAUUCUGCCUUUUAAGUGGGAGCGAAUAUUUAAAAAAAACUUAUGAAACAACAAAGUAUUAUUUUCUUGCAAAUUUGGACAUGGGUACGUGAAGGAUCCGUUUGUUGAAUUCCAGAUUUUAAGCACUUUCUUCUUUGUUUUAUAUGAGGAAAAAAAAAGAGAUUUCUUUAUGAAAUAUUCAUUAGAUAUAGCUGUGCUUUAGAUCUUCUGGUGCAUUGAUGUGUCUUAUAUAUUCGUUUCAACACCUGCAGCGCAGGAUACGGCUUCUGCUCGGAAACAGAAGGAUAUAAUUAGUCUGUAUUUUGCAUAUCUGCUUGGCAAAAAUUGUAUUCAAAGAUAUUCUGCUGGGAUUCAAAAGCAGAUUCAUUCCUUAUAGGAUACGUUUUGGCUCCUGCUAUACGGUAGCAUCUCACACCACUUUAAAAAGAAAAUUUAAACUUACACUGUAUUAUUUUUGUCAAUGUUGUGGACAAAAUGAAAUGAAUGAGCACCCAGCUAUUUUUCCUCUUUCGAUAUGGUGAAACCCGCUUUCUCUGGCACAUUUAUUGACAAAAUAUUUGUUACCUAGUUUAGAAAGUCAUUUUGAUGUUUAUUGCUCUGUAUCGUUAAACUGUAAUUCUAUUUUUUUUAAGAAAAAAGAAUGAAAUACUUAUAUAAAUGUAAGAUGAGAAGAAUAGAAAGAUUUUUUUAAAAGCCUUAUCUGGAUUUCAAUGACAAACAAAUUCUUAUUUUAAUAUAUUGUGAAUUUAAGAAUGAUUGGGAUAGCAAUUAGUGAUUCUAUUCUAGAUGCAUAAUGUAAAGGAUGUGUAUAUGAACCAUAAUAAAAUU